CAAUAGGUCCCGUGCCAUUUGACAUUUUAGGGUUGCGCGUCUCUGAUUGCCAAACUGACAUCAGUUGAAAUUCCGGACUAGAUUAAAUUGAGACCUCUUCAUGACGGUCCAGACAUCGUCAACGCAGAGAACCGGAUCUUCAUGCUCCAUAACGCAUGAACUGUUAUUUAAAAGUAAUAUCUCUAACUCCGAGAAAUGGUUGCUUGAGGUAGAUCAGACAUAUCGAUGGAGACCGAGCACCAGCAGGCUGCAACCGAUACAAAAGAAGGAUGACAGGCAACAGAAAAAUCUGGUCAGAGAAAGGAGCAUUUUCUCAAUCCCUUUCCUCUUUACACAAGGUUCUCAAGGAGGACAAAUCGCAAGUCAGUUAAGUGAGUCCUCUGUGUCCCAGUCUUCCUGUGGUGGAAUGUCUCCUGAGAGUCGUCUAACCUCCUGGUCUGAGACUCAGAGCUGUGCUACAGGCUACUCUACUGAACAGAGCUCCCUCUACUCUUGGAGAUAUGAUGAGUUUGACAGAGUGAACACCCAGCACGUGCAUCAGCUGUUCAGCGAUGUGGAUGAGCUACUGUACGAAGGCAGGCUGAGCGGCAGCUCCCUGGGACUGCAGAAGGAGUGUCGAGAGUGGAACAGACACUCCCCACACCUCAGAAUUCUGGGUAAUCAGCUGGAGUCACCCAUUCAGGAGGGGUUUCAGUUUGUCCUCAGCGGGGCGGUGACCAGCAGCGGGAGAGGGAGUGAAGCGUCGGCCCAGUGUGUGAACAAGAGAGAGAGCUCUGGAGAACAAGACCCGGCCAGCUCACUCAAGUUAUGUGUUGAAGGCUGUGGUCUUUGCCCAACUCCAUCCAGUUUACAGGAGGCCCGCACUCCCACCAGCCCUCUGUGUAAACACUCCUCCCUUCAACAAGAAGAGGUCUACGAAGAAGAGGGAAAGAUAGAGGAAUAUCUAGCCUAUGAUGCCAAAGACCUGGAGGACGAGUGGGCGGACCAGAGAGGAGCCAGGAGGUCUGUUGGGGCAGGGGCAGCAGGGACACCUGGGGUUCCUCCUGUGUCUGCCCAUGCCUGCAUCAGGGACGCCGUGGCAGACGAGGCCUUUGAUGAUGUGUGGAGGGGGGUGGUGCUCUCCCUUGGGGAGCUCCUUCAGAAACACUGGCAGAAACAGACCUCUGAUGGAUCUGGUCACAGAGCUACGUUGGAGGCUCUUGGCAGCGUCCUGAGUGAUCCUUCUCAUGUCAACAGUAAAUGGCAGAGUGUCCCUCUCUCCAGAAGCUCCAACACACGCAGCCUGUUGCUUGUGUCCAACGGUUGCCCAAGUAUACAGGCCUCUCAGGUACCUAAUGCCUUUAAUUUAAAUGGUGUUAUGACAAUCCAAGCUAAGCCUCUUCAGCAAAGACAACAAGGAUGUACAGAGAAGUCUAAUUCUGAUCUGGAAGACAGGCCUAACACAUUGUGGAAUGGCAGAGGUCCAGCCCCCAGGGUGACCCAAUCCAGGGCAGCAUCUAAUACACCCUCCAACAGAGCCCCAUGCCCAGCCCAGCGGAGCAUUCCCCUGCCCAGGCUCACUGGCUGCUCCAGACCCAGCUCCACCUACAGAACCACCAGGACCAGAGGCAGGGCCCAAAGCUGUCUCAGUCAAAAUCAGAGCCACAGUCCCAACGUCCCCUGCCACCAGGUCGUCAGAGGAACCAGACUUUCACAACAGAACAACAGGCUCCUCCCUCUCCUACAUGCAGACCAGUCAAAGCUGGAGCCCUCUGUUUCCACAGCAGCACCCCAAUACAUGCAGCACAGGGGGAGGAUUUUGCAUGCAAGCAUGGGUGGACCUGGUACCGUAGCCUUCUCCAUCCCUCCACCUUUCAGAGAGCCCACUCUAGUGUUGGAGUCCCUGUCUCGUCCCAACACUACAUACACUCUGCGGUCAGACACGCCCAUGAAGCGGUCAUUCACUCCCAUGGACCUGACCUGCCAUGUGAGGACGGGUAGAGGACCCUACCCAGGUGACCGUGCUCUGAUUGGAGUGACUGGCUAUGGUGUUGGAAUCAAUGGCUCUGCCUCCAGUGACCUUUCUGAAAACGUUACGGUAUCGAGAAGACUCCAGCAGCUGCCAUCUUCCUCCACAGUGGGAGAGGGCAGAAAAGGACCCCUGCUUUUAGGUGUCCCUCAUCAUCAUAAAGCGUUUUGUCGAUUUCCUGGGAAUGUGAAGAAGAGGCUACAAGUGGUGUUGUCAUAGCAGAACAUUCUAGACAAAAAGCCCAGAAUGCAUCUGGAAUUGAUUUAAAAAAAACAGGGAAGAUAGGUGCAGGUGGAUUGCCAUUUGUCUGAAUUCAUGUCAAUGCAAUUGUUUUUAUCAUUACUGUACUUUGAUGAAUGAAACCAUUACAUUUCUGCAGAUCAAUACCAUUUUCUUACAACAAAUCUUACUACAUUCACUGAGGUUAAAAACAUUUGCUCAGGACUAAACAACAAACUCAUUUUAACUUUCUUUGAGGAAUGGUUAUUUCUUUAUUUAUUUUGAAGAUAUUGUUUUGGGUUAUACAAUAAAUCUUAAUUCUGUA